AUGAUCCCAGCGCGGGUGCUGCGCUGCCACGGAUAUUAUAAGCGACAUAUUCAGGUGGAGGUGCUCCGGGAGACCUCCCUGGACGUCAGCUUCCUGGUGCGAGUGGCCGCUGCGCUCAAGGUGGCAGGUGUGGGGGGCCCCGGGGGCGGCUGGGUGGGGCCCGGGCAGCCAGCCUGGCGGAACCCCUUCCUGCCGCCGGAACCGGAGCUCUUCGUACGGCACCUGGGUCCGGAGCACAGCCUCGUACUGAACAAGUUCAAUGUCGUACACCACCACGUGCUUGUGAUCACACGCGAGUUCCGGAGCCAGGCGGAGCCAUUGUACGGCAGUGACUUGGCGGCAACGCUGGAUGUCGUACGGGCGAUGCCGGCGGGCGGCGUGGCCUUUUACAAUUGCGGCCCUAACUCUGGUCGCAGUCAGCCUCACAAGCACAUGCAGGCGGCGGAGGCGGCGCCGCUACAGCCGCUGGAGCUCCGACGUUUGCCGUACAGGUGUUACGUCGCUCUAUUGCCGGACAGGCCAACCCCGCAGCAGCUGGAGGUGGCCUUCCACACGUUGCUACAGACCUGCUUUCCGGGCUACAACUACGAGCCAUCGCCGCUACUGCAGGAGGGCAGCACCCCGCGCGACGCGGCCACAGCCGUCGCCGUCGCGGCUGGAUCCGUGUCGUACAAUGUACUGCUGACGUCAUCUUGGAUGAUGCUGGUGCCGCGCGGCAGGGAACGCUGCGGCCCGCUGGCGCUCAACAGCCUGGCGUUCGCGGGGCCUUCAAUUAUGCCAAAUGAUCCUCGGUUAGCACGUUGCGGCUUCGCAAAGCUGCAGGGCGAGGGUAUUGAGUUCUUCAUCCGUAAAUAUGAGAUUACUAUGGGCCGCACAAGCAAAAACAGCACUUUAGACCUCAUCCUGGGUGAUAGUACCACGAUCAGCCGGCAGCACGCCACCAUCCGCUACAACUUUGACGCCAAAUGCUUUGAGCUGGCCGUCCUUGGGAAGAACGGCGUGACGGUAGAGAGCACUAGCAACGGCACCACUCACCUGUAUACGCCGGAAUCGCCGCCCACGCCGCUGCGGUCCCGGGACCUGCUCAUCAUGGGCGAGAAGCGCUUUUACUUCCUUCUCCCUCGAGCCAUGGGUGGGCAGUCACGUAAGCGCCCCCGGACGGAGCCCUCGCCCGCUCCCGGCCCCCUGGGAGCGCAUCCCAGCCCCAAGACUCCCCGCAACCCCAAGCGUCCCCACAUGCGCAAGAGCCUCCUCCCCUCUACGUUCACGCGCAAGAGCAAGGCGCCGCCGUCGCGGAUCCAGGCGGCCUUGCCGUACACCAGCACCCGCAGUACCAAGCAGCGCACCGCGAUGAAGAAGAUGCGCUUAUCAAUAGCGGCCUGCCGUAUGACAACGGGUCGUCGUACGGAUCCUGAGCGAGAUAUGAGAGUUAUGGAGUACACUCGAGACAAGGCACGGGAGGGCCAUGUCAAGGGGAAUGUUCCGGCCUGGUCGGAGCGGGUCGGCGUGAGCAGAAACCCCUCAGGAGGGAAAGAGGAGGAAGACUCGAUCACCCAAAACUACAAUGCUACAUUAAAGACAUUUUACAUUUUGGUCGAGGAGUUCCCGGCACGCAAGUUCAGGGCAGUCCACGAGGAAUGUUCUGUAAUGCGCAGUUUGCAAAGGGGACACCGCACUGCCCUCGUCGGCGGUGACUUGAGUUGCCUCCCGCCGGAGGCCCCGCGUCCCCCCCCCCUCCGGUGUGUGCGGUCGGUCGCGUAA